AUGAAUAAAAUAAAUAAAAAGAAUAAAAAAAGUCACAUUCUUAAUACAAAUAGACAGUAUUUUGCAUAUAUCAAAAAUUAUAGCAAAACUUAUACUACUGAAUAUUUAAGAAAUGAUGAAGAUACACAUGAGGUUUUGGCAAAUAUUUGGACUUCGCUAAUGUAUGGACUGCAAAUAACUAAUUCACCAGAUUUUGCGGUGAAUAAAGAACCAGGAUUCUACCAAAAUCGUUACCUAAAUAAUAGAAAUUUAUUGUUUAACGCAUUUAAAGAAGAUCACUGUGUUUUCGAAUCUUUAAAACUAAAAACUUUAUUCAAAUAUGGUUUUAGCUUUUCAAAUUUCGAAAGUCCAAUACCUUUAAAUGAAGCCAUCAAAAUUCAAAACUAUGCAACUUAUAAAGAUCCAAAAAAAGAUGAGGGAUUAGUACAACUCUAUAGAUUCAUAGGUAUUACUGAACACUUUUUCUUUUUCAAAGGCAAGAAAUUUUACAAUCAAGCAUAUUUUACUGAUUUUUUAAUUGAUAAUGUUUUCUUUAAUGAAAAGCCAUUGUUCAGAUCAAUCGUACAAUAUUAUCAACUAUUCUAUCAAAGCCUAAAUUACAAAAGUUUAUUUUUAAAAAUUUUUAAUAGUAAAAAAUUGGAUUGGCUUUUAGAAGUUUCAGAUUUGGGUGAAUUGUCAUAUUUAUUGGAUUUGUUAUUUGGCUCAGCUUCAAUUGAAUCAAAGAUAGAUUUAAUCAAAUUGAUUCACACAUGUAACCCUGAAACAGAUAAUCAAAAAAAACUCAUUGGUUGUUUUUUUAUAAACAGUGGUUGGAAGGUCUUUAAUUUAUAUGAGUUUUAUAGAGACCCAUUACCACACGAUGACAAUUUAUAUCAAGAUAUUAAAGACAAACAAAAUGAAAAAAUUAAAUCUAGUUUUAAAAACAGUAAGAGUUUCGCAAAAAAAUAUCUCCUAUAUGGUGAAUACCAAUAUGAAGAUGAAGAGUAUAGCGAAGAUAGCAAUGAUAGCAAUGAUAGCGAAGAUAGCAAAGAUAACAAAGUUGAUGAAGAAGAGCAAGAAUAUGAAGAUAGUGAUGAUGAAUAUAAAAUUGUUUUAGGUUUAGGAUCUAAUGGUAUUGGAAAAGAUAGUGGCAUCAAAAAUGAUAAUGAUAAUAGUUGUAAUAAUAAUAAUAACAACAAUAAUAAUGAUAGUAGCAUAGAAAAUAAAGAAAUAGUUCAAAAUACAGAAAAUCUAUAUUUAAGUAAUUUAUUAUUAUUAAAAAUUUUCAAUCAUUUAAUAAAUACAAAAUAUAAACCAAAUAAAGAAUGCAAUGAAACUAAAGAUCAGUACUAUACAUCAAUUUCAAAAUCAAUUCAAAGUAUAGCCUUGUCGUCAAAAAAUUUAUAUAAUUUAAUAAAGAAAGAACUUUCCUAUAUAGAUUGGAAUAAACAUACAAUAAAUUUAAUCCGUAGUCAAUAUUCAUUUUCACCAACCAAUAGUAAAUGCUUAUUUAAAAAGUAUCCAGAAUUUCAAGACUAUGAAAGAUUAAUCAAAACUGUAGAUUAUAAAGACGAAAAGCUAAUUGAUGAAAUAUGUAGAUCAACUAAGGUUUUAUAUAUCGAUACUCUUUGUGAAAUUGUUAGUAAAACAGGUAAAGUUUUCAAUUUGGACUACGAUUUUAGUGGGAUAAGAGCAACCUAUUCUGCAUCGUUUUCAACAUAUUUCAAAUAUAAGGCAUUUCCAAAUGUAAAAAAGUUGGUUUUAAAGGGAAGGUCAAUUUCACGUCGUGAUUUCACUUUGACUGGUUACUUUAUGAAGUUUAUACAGUACUUUAUAGUAAACGGUGGUUCAAUGUUAGAAAGUGUUGAAUUAGAUGGGAAGGUGUCAUCCGAAUCUUCAUAUAUUUAUAGGUUGAUAUCUUUGCUUUUAAAACAUCACGGGGAUUCACUUAAAUCAUUCACAAUAAGAAUUAAACACAUGAAAAAAAACUGGGUUAGGGCCAUUAUAAGAAAAAUUACAACUUUAUAUCCAAAGAUUAACUUAGAAGUUUAUAGAAAUGGUAAUCUUGAAACAAAUAAAGCCCAAAAAGAAGAAACAAAUAAACCAAGUUACGAACUUUUAGAUAUGCUUGAUGAAAGUGAAGACUUAAGUAUAAUUAGUGAAGAUGGAGAAGAUAGUGCUUUUAUGGAUGAUGACGAAUAUGAUGACGAAUUCGAUGAGGAGGAAGAAUACGAUGAAGAAAAUGAAGAAGAUUUUUACCCAUAUGGAGAUUCUUACAAUGACGAUUUGUCGAACUAUGAAUCAGACAAUAACGCAAUCUAUCACCCGGCCUAUGACCCAGCCUAUGAGAAUAUCCAUGACUUUGCUGACUCUAUAAGAUCCCGAUUAAGAGAAUUUCUAGGAGAAGGAGAGGAGGAGGAUGAAGAGGAUGAGGACGAUUUUUACCCAAGAUCUUAUUAUAGAGGGCCCAGAAGCAAAAUCUCUACUCAACUUUUCAAAGAAUAUGAAGAAGAUGAAGAUGAAGAAUAUGAAGAUGAAGAUGAAGAUGAAGAAGAAUAUGUUGAAGAAGGUGAUGAAGAAGAUGAUGAUGAUGAAGAGGAUGAAGAUGAAGAAAUGGGGAAUUUUUUUAGAGAACUUGAGAUGGGUGGUCCUUGUAAAGGAUGUGGUCUUAUUCAUUGCGACAGUGAUGAAGAUGAUGAAGAUGAAGAUGAAGAAGAAGAUGGGGAAGAAUAUGAGGAAGAAGAUGAGGAUGAAUAUGAAGAAGAUGAAGAUGAAGAAGAAGAUGAAGAAGAUGAAGAAUAUGAAGAAUAUGGAGAGGACUAUGAAGCGGAAACCUCAUCAGAUGAUGGAAAAUAUUAUUUAAGAAUAACCAAAUUUAUAAAUUAA